CCCUCAAAAUCUUGUUCUUGAUCCCUACUUUCCCCUUUCAUAUUUUUCUUCAUAAUCUCAUCCAAUUUGCCUGCAGAUCUGUUUGAUUCCAGUCCAAGAAAUGGGAGAUAAGUAUAAUAUGAAGAAUCCAUCGGUGAAGAGGAUUUUGCAGGAGGUGAAAGAGAUGCAAUCCAAUCCUUCUGAUGAUUUCAUGAGCUUUCCUCUUGAGGAAAACAUAUUUGAAUGGCAAUUUGCAAUAAGGGGACCAAGUGAAACCGAAUUUGAAGGAGGAAUUUACCACGGUCGAAUUCAAUUGCCUUCAGAGUAUCCAUUCAAACCACCAUCAUUUAUGUUAUUGACGCCGAACGGACGUUUUGAAACUCAGACCAAGAUAUGCUUGAGCAUAUCAAAUCAUCAUCCUGAGCAUUGGCAACCCUCAUGGAGUGUUCGGACUGCUUUAACAGCACUUAUUGCAUUUAUGCCCACCAGCCCGAAUGGCGCCUUGGGCUCAUUGGAUUACAAGAAAGAAGAAAGGCGUGUGCUUGCAAUUAAAUCUCGGGAAGCUGCCCCUAAGUUUGGUACUCCAGAUCGGCAAAGGCUCAUCGAUGAGAUUCAUGAAUACAUGAUGAGCAAGGCACCCCCGGUUCCUGAGCAGAGGUCUGAAGAAGAUCCACCAGCAGCUGCUGCUGCCGCUGCCGCUGCCGCUGCCGCUGCCGCUGAAGUAGCAGAUGACCCUCAAACAGAGAUCAUCGCAGAACAAGAGGUUGAAGAAAACCAUGAAGUUCCCUCCAAUGAAGAAGAGACAGAAGCUGAAGCUCCAAGGAUAUCGAAGCAGGUGGUAGCUACGGCUUCAUCUUCUUCUUCUGUGCAACCGCAAGAGCAGGUGGUGAGGGUUCAGAAAGGUGGAGAUGAUCGCCUCUUUACGUGGGCGGCUGUCGGACUUACCAUUGCUAUCGUUGCUCUUCUCCUCAAGAAGUUCAUGAAAGCUAGUGGGCAUGGUGCAGUUUUCAUAGAUGAAUCUUGAAAUCUCCAAGUUUAUGUGUUGCCAAUGACAACAUAAAUAAUAAUACUAGUAAUGUAAAUGAGAGAAUGUAUUUAGUAUAUAUAUAUAUAUAUAUAUAUAUAUAUAUAUACAAGUUUAGAGCAAAAAUCCACAAAUCAGAGCAGUAAUGUUGAUUUUGUGUUGGUGGUAUUUUGUAUAGAAUGAACCCAUGACAAGUUUUCUUUGAAAAGAGUGUGUAUUAUGUUACCUUUUGUUUCGUAAAUGAAAUAUUAU